AUGUCUACCGGAGACCCUGGGUCCCCACUGCCGGCACCGCCACCACCGGUAUCCGCCACCAGCGUCCAGCCCCCCCGCGACCGGAUCCCGAUAAGCUCGAAGACGCAAGUCACGGGCCCCGCCACCGCCGCACCCAACUAUGCUGCCGCUGCGAGUCAGAUGGCGGCUCAAACACCUGAACAACAGCAACAACAACAACAGCGUGCCAAGGCUCUGGGCAGCCUCCUACAAGCCAUGGGUGCUGUACCCGGAAACCGUAUGGAUCGCUGGGUCCAGGCCAUCUACUUCGCCGAACUCUACCCCGUCGCCACCGCCACAUCGCUGAAAUUUUCGGCCUUGAACGCGAACCGGUCCGUCGAGAACAUCUUCGAUUACGCCCUUGAAGUGACUCUGUCUCACCAGAGCGCCUCGCGAGCGACUCAUGCCGACAAGAUCGAUCUCGUGGCCUGCGUCACGAGGCUGCUAUCGCCCAUCUCUCCUAUCUGCUUUGAGCCUGGAGUUCCUCUGCCGGACCAUCUUGCGGCUUAUCAACCACAGAUCUUAGGCGUACAACAUUCAUCAAUCCUGCGUAAUGGGGCGGCUCACCAUCGCGUUACGGUUGGGUUCGUCACCGGCGAGGCACGUGACGCGGCGCUCACGACGCCCCCCGCUCUCACUUGGCGAUCGGCGAAGGCCCGCUUCGCGAAGUCUCACAGGUUCCACCAUAACAUGGUCGAGCUUCGAAUCAACGUCGGUGUUCAAGGAGUGCCCUCCAUGGAUGCCAUCAUCAAAUCGUUCCAAUCACUUGUGCAAGACCUGUCAGCCAAGGGACAUUCAUGCCAACUUGUGCAGGUUCUGCGCGUUAUCAGCGUGGACAACGCCUCGGCCUUCGCCCACGUUGCCGGAGACUACUCGGCUUUCCUACACUUCGAUGACGACUCCCUAUUCCAACGCCCCAACACGACCUUGAAGGAGAUUCUACCUUCGAGGAUCGACCUUCCCACUCGAGGCAUCCCGGUUACCGCCCUUCGCCAUGACUAUGAGAAGGAGGCGGCUUGCGGUAGGUGCCACUUUGUGGGUCACGUGGGAACCUGCGGACUGGAUCAGGAGAGGAAGCGGAAGGAGGCUCACAACGGCAUCAUCAACAGCAACAAAAACACCAUCACCCACAACACCAACAUCGCGGAGGCCGAGGCCCCCAUUCCUGUGCUGGUUGUUAACAGGAUCGCAUCACAGAAUCACUUCGCCGGGCUCGAGGUCGAGGAGGGACAGGAGGAAGAGGUAACUGGCCAGGGCGAACAGGGACCGGAGGAAUCGGGGGAGGAAGACGCUGGUGAUAAGGCGGAUGACGAGGACUCGGAGGACUCGGAGAUGGAAUCGGAGGCGGCCGCGAAAACGGAGGUCAUCAAAAUUGAAAGCGAGGACGAGUCGGUCUUGGAGGACUGCAGCGGAUCCGAUGGAGAGGUGAUUGAUGAGAAUGAGGUGAUGGCGGAUGAAAGAGGUGAAACGGAAGGAGAGGUGGCUACGGAGAUGGAGGAAGAGGAGGUGGCGACGGAGGUGGGCGAUGUGGACGAAGCGAGGGGAUCGACGAAAGCGGAGAAUGCGGAAGCGACGGACUUAGGGGAAACGAACAGGCUGGACAAUGACGACGACAGCGACGCCACAGCAACCGCCGCCACCGCUUCCCGCGAAUCGACGCCGCACGAACCAACCCCACCUCUGUCACCCGAAACUCUCGCCAAGUCGCUACGCGAGGGGGAGGAGUGGGACAGGAUCAGAGCUAACUGGGUUGAGCAGGCACGACUUGAGCGGGACCAAAGCAUCGAGAGGAGGCUCAACGCUGAAACCCCUUUGGUGCGUCACAACUUUGCCACGUGGGACGAGGACGGUGAGAUACGCUCCAUCAACAUCAGGGGGACCGCUGCGAAGUUCAAGAAGCAGGUGAUGAAGAGGUCGCAGACUGCGGCGGACCUCAGUGACCCAAGUGACGAACCGACCGACGCCAAGCGAGUCAUCAUCAAAGGGAAGAGCCGCGUCGUGGUGAAGGAUGGAAUAGAGGGGCGGAGGGUGACGAGGUCGAUGUCGGCGGCAGCGGCGAUGCAGGUCGAGGUGACGAAGGUGGACAGAGGGAAAGGAAGAGGGGUAGCUGAGGAAAAACGAUGGUCCGACCACGAGCCCGAGGACGAUGUCCUGCCCGCCCUUCCCCUCUUUGAGGACGUCACCACCGCCAAGAGCGCCUCGACCUCGACUACCCAUUAAUAAUCAAGCACACCAUCAUCACCUGGAACGUAAGAAGGGGCAUGGGGGUCCCGGAAAAACGACGUAAUAUCUACACCUACCUUUCCACAUUCAAAGCUUCCGCGAUUCUCUUACAAGAGCAUUUCAUCAGACCACAAUUCUGGCAGCUCAUCAAGGACGAGUACGAGGGCAAGCUCUUCAUCAACCAGCACUGCCUGACCCUGAUCCCGGCCGACUCGCCCCUGAUCGACGCCGAGCUCUUGCGCACCCACUCGGCACUCGACGGCCGGCUCCUCGUCACCUCCUUUCGUCUGCGGGGCGACAUCAAAAUUCUAGAAAUCAAUAACCUCUACGCGCCCGUUGACCCAAAACAACGAGCAAAAUUCUUCGACAAACUGAUCCUCCACAAAACACAGAAAUCCCACCUCCGACUCCUUGGCGGCGAUCUCAACGACUGCCCGCGCCCAGAAGUCGAUCGGCGGAACCAAAGUCGGCGCGGCCACCACUGGCCGAUUCUGAUGGGCAAGCUCGACUCGGCCUACACGGACUGCAUCCGCUACAAGCACCCCAUCACCCCAUCUUUCACUCGACCUAAUCCCAAUCGCAAGCGACCCAACUCCUUCUCCCGGCUUGACUACUUUCUCCUACAAAGAGCUCACCAAAAAAGGCUCGACCAGGCCUCGACGAUCUACAACUAUCCCAAGGAUCUUUCCGAUCACCGACCGGUCUUGAUCGUGCUGGCUCUCUCAGACGAUCUUGAUGCGGCUCUCCCACAGCUCAGCCUACCUACCACAUCCAACCAACUACAUCGAAUCAAUACUACAACCUUCAAGACGGUGGAAUUUCAGCGGAUGAUGGAAGGAUGGUUGGAAGGGGCAAGCGGGGAGGAUCCGGUGCGAGAGCUUGAGGAGGUUCUGGAGGCGUGCAGGGACAGGGGUGGGGAGAUGGCGAGGAGGCUGCAUCGGGAGCGGACGGAACGGAUGGAGUAUUUGGUGGGGAGGGUGCAGGAUCUGGAGGCGUUACCGGUAUGGGGGGAGGCGGAAACGGCAGAAUGGACAAAGACGUCCGAGGAACUCGAGCGGGCGGUCGAGGAGCGCGCGCGCCUACUCAGGAUCCGAGCCCACGUCCCCGAGAUCGCUUCCGAGGAACGACUGUCGCGGCCGGUCCACGCCAAGCUCGCGGCGCGGAACUCGGACUCCAAGAUCACAGCACUGCGCUUGGGCAACGGAGAGCUAACGCAUGACAUUGAUGUCGCUCUUGACCACACGCAGGCGCAUUUCCAGCGCCUCUACCACAUCGAGCCUCGUGACCCGGAACGCGUCGACCGACUUCGGGACGAGCUCCUCGUGCCGAUCAGGGCGGCACGGACUUGCGACGACCCGCGCUCAGAUCCGCUCUUUCUGCGCCGACUCUCGGAAGCGCAGAUUGAUCUCCUCCAGCAACCCAUCACCGAGGACGAGGUCGUGGCCGCGAUCGGGACGACGCACCCGGGGCGAUCGCCGGGCCCGUCGGGCGUGCCUUACGAACUCUAUCAGACCGCACCGGAGGCGUGGUCCAAGGUGCUGACCAAGGCCUACAACGCGAUGAUCGAGCGCGGUUCACUCUCUCCCAAGCAGGGCCAGGGACUCGUGCGCCUCAUCUUCAAGCGCCACAAGAAGAAUGCCGAUCGCGCUGGGACCCUGGGGAACGGUCAAUCGUCGUCAAGGCCGCAGGCGAGUCGCUCGAGUGGAUCGGCCUCCCCUUCGACCCCAGCGGCGACACCGAACUCGCCUACGCGAAUCUCAUCGAACGGCUCGAGGCGACGCUGGAAGCGGUUCAGCAUCGCUGGCUCACGCACCACACCCGUGCCUUUUACGUCAAUCGGUACGCCAUUCCCAAGAUCUUGCAUUUCCUUGCAGCCGACAUCCCGCCGCCCGAAGUCGUCAAGAAGCUCGAUGACAUGCUCGUCGAUUUCGUCCGUGGGGGCAAGGGCAGGACCAGCUACGGCAGAGACAUUGUGUUCACCGCCAAGAACAAGGGGGGACUCGGGGUGAUAAGGAUGCGGGACGUUGUGGACGCGGUUGCGGCACGGCUCUGGGACGUUCUUCUCGGCGGCUCCGGCGCGAUUUGGCAAGGACUUGCGCGCGCAGCACUCCAGCGAGCUCAGCCCGACCUCGACCUGGCCACCGAUCUCUGGCCACAUCCAUCCACUCCCAUCCCCAACGACCUUCAUCCCCGAUGGCACGCCGCACUGGGCGUUCCGAAACUUCACGACGCGCAGGUCAACCCGAGGGCCUUGACCACCGCGAACCUGCUCGCGCUGCCCACCCUGCUCGGCAGCCUCCACACCCCCAUCAGAGGGAGACAGACCAUCGACGCGGUUCAUGUACCUGACUACCUUCGUCUCCAGGGCUACCCGAAGGUGGCGGAUCUCUAUCGGCGCGAGUUGUAUGCGGGUGGGGGGUUUCACCUCUGGACGCCGCCGGCGGAUGUGCUCGGCGACAACAGCGAGUACGAUCGACGCGGGCUCCCGCAGCGACUGGCAAUCGCGGCCUGGUACCGGUUCACUGUCGAUCGACACAAGAACACACCCUUGGCGGCGGCGGUGGCGGCGGGACGACUCAACGUGCCUCCCCGGAUCGGCACCAGCGCACCGCUCGAGGCGAUCAUUCCCAAGCCCGUGGCCCGCUUCGCAAUGGAGCAGCGCCUUCCGGACCCGGUGCUUCCACAACAGGCGAGCCAGUAUACGCUGCUGAACAUGGCUCGACCCUACACAAUCCGUCGCAUCCGCCGGGUCCUGAACGCGAAGGCUUUCACCAACACGCUCGGGCUCAAGGGACCACCGCAGCCAGACGAUCUCAGGAGCUUCUGGAAGGCGGUCAACUCGAAGGCACUGACAGCGAGGGAGAGGGAAGUUUGGUUCAAGCUGAUUCUCCGCUUCACCCCGACGCGCAAGCUCCAGCACGAGCAAAAGCAUGACACUUCUCCCGCGUGCCUAGUGUGCGAAGCGCCGGUGGACGACACCGAUCACUACUUCUUCGGCUGCGUCGACUCGCGGAACGUCUGGACCGCGGCAAGGGGCGUGCUCUGCGACGCGCUCGGAUGCGACACGAUCGAGGACGCCGAGUACACGACACUACAACGACUCUUUGGCCUCCCCAAGCUCAAGGCCAAGCUCAGCGAACAGGAAGGCGCAGGCAGGACGAUCGAGAUCUUCACGGGGAUGGUCUUGGAGAUGAUCAGCAGUGGGAGAUGGAGGAUGCAGAAGCACGGGACGAGGAUGGAAAGCCUGGAGCGGAGGAGGGUGGUACUGGAGGAGAGGAUGAAGUUGAGGGCGGGGGGAGCAAGGGGCGGGCGAGGGCAGUAG